CACAACUAUGUCCUUCUUUGGAGCGGCAUCGACGUCUACAAACGUUUCGAACACAACUGACAAGGAUGUCGAAGUUGUUGAUCCUCCUCCCGACUCCAUCUCUUCACUUUCGUUUUCUCCGCUAGCAGAUUACCUUGCUGUGGGCAGCUGGGACAAUAAUGUUCGAAUUUACGAGGUAGGAGCCAAUGGACAGACCCAAGGCAAGGCAAUGUAUGGACAUCAAGGUCCCGUCUUGAGUGUAUGCUGGAACAAGGAAGGAAACAAAAUCAUAUCCGGUGGAUGCGAUAACGCUGCAAGGUUGUACGACAUCCAGAGUGGACAGUCGCAGCAGGUGGCUCAACACGACGCGCCAGUGAAGGUCGUGAAAUGGAUCGACACUCCCCAGGGUGGCAUUCUUGCGACGGGCAGCUGGGAUAAGACCCUCAAAUAUUGGGAUUUGCGAAGUGCGAAUCCUAUCUCGACAGUCCAGCUGCCGGAGCGCUGCUAUUCGUUCGAUGUCGCCUACCCCCUUCUCGUCGUUGGCACAGCUGAACGGCAUAUCCAAAUAUUCAACUUGUCCUCGAGCCCAGUCACACCAUACAAGACCAUGAUUUCUCCCCUAAAGUGGCAAACCCGAGUGGUGUCCUGUUUCCCAUCUAGCAAUGGUUUCGCGGUCGGUACUGUUGAAGGACGCGUCGCAAUUCAAUACGUGGACGACAAAGACUCUCAGAAUAACUUUUCCUUCAAGUGCCACCGUCGAGAUCAAGGGCUCAACACGAAGGACCAAGCUCUCGUUUUUGCUGUGAAUGAUAUCAAUUUCCACCCGGUGCACGGCACAUUCUCAACAUGUGGCUCUGAUGGGACUAUCAACUACUGGGACAAGGAUGCGCGCUCGCGCUUGAAGACCUUCGACCCCUGCCCGGGUCCAGUCACCGCUUCUGCAUUCAAUCGCACUGGCACCAUCUUCGCCUACGCUGUCUCCUACGACUGGUCCAAGGGCCUCUCGGGCGCGACGCCUGGACACCCGAACAAAGUCAUGUUACACGCGAUAAAAGACGAUGAAGUAAAAAAGAGGCCUGCAAAGCGGUAAAUAUGCCAUGUAUUCUUUUCCAGCUUUCCUGUCAGUGCGGCUCCAAUAAUUGCUUGUCGCAUCUCCCUGUUUUGUGCAUUGUAUCAACCAUCACGGAUCCGAAUGUUGCCCUUCGUAUGCUUGUUUGCGGCCAAGUCCUAGUCAUGUAGUGUAUCCGUGGAUGAAAAAACCUUCGUUGCGCGCCAUUGGCUCACUUGAACUGCUG